AUGCCCGACGCCCACCCGGGCGGCGUGCUCCACCUCAUCAUCGGCCACGACGUCCGCGAGGAGCGGAUGGGUCGGCGCUGGGUGGUCUACGUGCGCCAGUGCGCCGACGGCCAGGUGCGCAAGACGCUGAUGAAGGACUCGCCGUUGGCGGCGGAGAUUCGUGGCAUCAGCUUCCGCAUCGUCAGCGACGGCGGUCGUCUGAACGAACAGUUCGUGCAGUCGCCCGGUCCGUUCGAGUGGGGCAAGCUCGCCGGCGCCGUCGGCGCCGAGGCGUCCUGCAUUACCAUUGCGGUCACUUUUCACCUCAUCGACAUCUCGGCGCCGCCGCAUGUGCACGUGCAUGAG